UUGAAAUGUAACCUGAGAUGAAGGGGAAAAACAUUUCUUUGGGGUAAAAUUAACGCUUGACCGGAAGUUGUAAGAAGGAUUUCCGAAGAGAUAAAAUAAUUCAAUAAACUACAAAAAAUGCCUGGAUUCGAAAGGAAUGAGGCUGGGAAAUUAUUUGUUGGAGGAUUGAGCUGGGACACAUCGAAAGACAGUCUAUUGGAGUACUUCAGCCAGUAUGGAGAGGUGGUUGACUGCAUCGUGAUGAAAAACCAGGAGACUGGCAAGUCCCGGGGAUUCGGGUUUGUCACCUAUAGGGACCCCUCAUGCCUGGAGGUGGUGCUGUCCAUGCCUGCACAUAUCGUUGAUGGGCGCCAGGUUGACCCCAAGGCAUGCAAUCCAAAGGGUCAGCAGCGUGGAGGGAUGGAACGUGGGGGUGGAGGGGGUAACUCCGGCUCAAUGGGUGAUGGAGGUGGUCACAGGCAACAACGGAAUCAGCGUGGUGGUGGUGGUGGUGGUGGUGGGGGCGGCGGAGGAGGUGGAGGUGGGGGCCAGAAUGGAGACAGGAAGAUCUUCCUGGGGGGCCUACCCAACAACGCUGAUGAGGCUGCCAUCAAAAACUUCUUCAGUCAGUAUGGCAAGGUUUUGGACGUGAAAGUGAUGUACGACAAUGACAAACAGAGAUCUAGAGGCUUCGGGUUCCUGACAUUUGAGACGGACGACGCUGUAAAUGCCGUAUGCAGAGAGCAUUUUAUUAACUUCAAUGGGAAAAAGGUUGAAUGCAAACGUGCGACGCCCCGGGACCGCGCUGGAAAUGAUGAGCCCCAGGGCGGUAUGGGCAUGCCCAACCCCCAUGUGAUGCAGCAGGUUGAAAUGAGCAUCCAUGGGGGAUCAGGCCCACAGCAUGGUGGUCAGCACCACGGGGGUCAUGGAGGUCAUGGGCAGGACCAGAUGUGGGGAGGUCAGGACCAGCACUGGGGUCAGCAGCAGGUGAUGCAGUCUCCACCGGCAGGUCACGCAGGUCCGCCAGGGGGUCAGUACGGGGCACCAGGGGGCAUGCACUACCAGCCCCAGUACCAGGCAGAGCAGCCCCAACCCGGGGCACCCCCCUCCUGGCCCCCAGCUCAACACAGCCAAGCCGCAGGGUGGCCGCCUGGUGGAGUUCCACCCCCACAGCAAGCAGGCAUGGCCCCUGUGUCUUCACCAUACAUGGCUCAGCCCAUGUCAGCCCCAGGGUACUCUGCCCAGCAGUUCCAGGCCCCCCAUGGGGCCCCUGCCUACCAGUACGCAGCCUCUCCCCCAGGGGCAGCCCAGCCCCCACCCCAGAUGCCCCCAGGGCCCAUUGGCCAGCCGGUCAGCACUCUAGGUUACACCUCACCAACAUAUGGGGCCCCUAGUGUGGCUGUUCAGCAGGGUGCUCCGAGACCAGGCUAUGCCGAAUUCACUGCUGCUGCAUAUGGUAGCACCCCAGUUGGACUGGCUCAGGGCCAGGUAGUGGCAGGAUCAGCUGACCCUGCAGCCGCCAAAGCUGCAGUGGACUAUUCCAGCUACUAUAGUGCAUAUGGUUAUGCGGUGGAGGGUGCGCCAGGUGCUGCUGCCAGUGGUGCAGUGUAUGGUUCACAGCCUGCCCCAGCCCAGGUUCCUGUUCCUGCUCAGGCACAGUACGGGAGCCCGGAGCCAGCGCCUCAGUCUGCUGGUGGGUACACUGGGGCACCGGGCCCAGCUCCAUCAUACCAGAGGCCGGGUGCUGGGCAGCAGUACCACCCAUAUGCAAGGAGAUAAGCUGCAUGCAGGAGAGGGGGGGGGGGAGUGCUGCACUUGAUCAUUAGUUUAGAAUUGAUGAUGUUUUUACUGGUACAACUCUGUAUAUCAGUGAAGGUUUUGGCUUGUACUUUUCCAUUGACCAAUGAAUAUAAUAUUGUUUUCAUCAUGUGAAGAAAUUGUUAUUUUAAUGCUUGUGCUGUUCUUUAUGUGACCAAUUUCGAACAUAGUUUUUAACUCAUUUUGCAAGGAGAUUCGGGAAACCUUUGCAACUUUGCCAGUGACCUACUGGUUUUAUUUCUCUAGGCAGAUCUCUGUAGAGGUUUGCAUGUUUUAAAAUGGAUGCUGUUAAAUCAAUGUUGUAUUUUGUUGAUCAGUUAGCAGCAUGCGAUUCAAUAUUGUUUAGUAGAACUUAAGAUUGUGCUAAGUUUGUUAUAAUCUGUAUUAUAGUGUAGUGAUUGAAAUGAAAAUCCCCUUAGCCCAGAAUGAUGUUUCAGUAAGUCAUUGAUGAAUCUUGAAAUUAAAAAAACAUUUUAUUGAGCAACAACUAUCAGUUGAGUACACAUGUAUAACUAAAAUGCACAAAGCUCUAUGAUGUCAAAAUCUUAUUUGAAAACACAUCUUAAAACCAAAGUAAAUUAGCCUAAAAUGUAUGUUGGUAUGUUUUUUUUCUUCAUUUCAUUAUUUGAUAACAUACACAUUCAUCUGUAAUAAUUAUUUCAUGUCAUUUUCACCAUUUUUCCUGUUCCAUUUGUAUAAUGCAAAUGAAGCCAUUAAAAUUUACGUAUA